UAACAUUAUCAUUUGUCGUUUUGUGUUCAUCAUUAAACUUGACCCUUUUUUUCAUUAAGGUCAAGGAUUGUAAAUCAAAUUCUGUGUUUAUUUGUUUGGUGUUAAUUUCCUGUUUAUUUACCUGUUGCUUUGUGUUUCCAUCAUCAUGUUCAUCACCUUGAUGCUUUUUGACAGAUACAAUUAACUGAUUAUCGUUUAGUGACUCUUACUGUUAUUCUCAUUGAUUUCAUACGAAUUAUGGUUUCGCCAAUUUCAAAUAAAACUCUCACCAGAUUACUCAGUGUCCCUGGAUUAACGGGUCGAUCAAAUGAUCUCAUUCUUUCUCGAAAUUGUCACGAAAAAUCAGAUAAUCUUGUAAUCUUUUUCCAUGGAGAUAUUCAGGAUUAUCCUGAAAUGAUGUCAGCAAACACCAAUGCUAAACAAUAUUCACAAUGGAAUCUUGAAAAUACUUCAAUUCUAUUGGCUAAAAAGUUUUCCACUUCCGUUAUAAUGACAAUUAAAGCUUCUGCGAUGCGAUUAGGGGUUAAAGCUUGUUUCGAUCAUUUUGUAGAAACUGAUAUUUUCGGUGAACCAAAUUUUCAACUGGACUCUAAACCUUUGUCACACCUUCAAUGUCUAACUGACCAAGUGAUUUCCACCAAAUCUGAUUGGCUAUUGCCCAUUAAGUGUAUCAGAUUAAUCGGAUUUAGCCAAGGAAUGACUGUGGUUAAUCAAUUAAUCCAUUCUCUGCAUGUCUUGGAUCAAUCAUCAUCUAAUCAUCUUGAAUCAUUUGCUUCCCUAAUUAAACACAUCUAUUGGUUAGAUGGUGGAAAAUGUUGGUUAACCGAUGAAAAGAUCAUCUCAACUUUGAAAGAUCGAGACAUUUUCGGCCAUGUUUAUGUUACACCUUUACAGGUAUGUAAUCCUGAUCGUUCCGAGAAUCAGAUUAAUUAUAAAAUUUUUAAAAGUCAUUUAGAUGCCAUGAAAAUUUCCCAUGUAGAUAAACUUUACUACAAGGAUACCAAACCCUCGUUUGAUAAUCAUUUUCAACUGUUAUCAGACUUUGAUCCUUAAUCAAUCCUGUUCAGAGAUGAUCUCAUGAUUAACUUAAGUCAAUCCGAUUAUAUGAUUACCUGAAUCAUAAAUGACUCAUCCAAAUUACAGAAUCAUUUAUCUGAGUGUUAUUUUUUAAAUCAAAACUUUAUUAGUAAAAAAAAAUGAUUGAAACAAAAAAUGGCUCCUUUUUGUUUACAUUAGAAAAAAAAAUCGAUUCCUGUUGUCGUAAUAAAUAUGUGUCAAUAUCAAAUAGGUGUGGGGACUUUGAUCGGAAAUUGAUUGUGAUUAUUGAUGAUGAAAUCGGCAGCAAUGGUGAUGAUGAUAA